UAGAUGUCCUCAGAGGCAGCAGCGUAAGCACAGCGUGUGGACCGCUCGCCUAUGGCGUGUCUGGUACUGUAGCAUGUUUAAACGCUGACAUGGACUCUACUUCACGCUAAUGGAUAAAGGCGGAAACGCUUUCCGGCGCAGGGCGCUAAUAUGAAAAGUGAGAGGUCAGACAUGCUCCCGCUGCCAUGACGUCUGCCCUGUGGCUGCUCACGUGCCUGCCUCUGGUCCUGCCAGCUUUGAGUAAACUCCCUCCUCCCGUCAACCUGAGCCUGAACUCCAAACACUUCAGGACUGUGUUAAAAUGGGAGGCUGAAGCAGGGACCCCUACAGGAGCCUCCUACCAGGUGACCUUUACCACAGACAGUGAAACGUUAUGGAGGCCGGUGCCAGGCUGUGAGCAGGUGCAGAUUCAACUGGUUUGCAACCUGACAGAAGUCUUCUCUGAUCCCAGCCACACUUAUUUAGCACAGGUCGAGACACUGCUGGGCGAAAAUAUAUCACAACCUACCAGCUACUCAGACUUUAAACUCAUCAGAGACAGUCAGCUGGAUUUGCCGCUGCUGGAUGUGACACUGUGUGAUAUGAGUUUGUGUGUGGACCUUCAGUUUCCCAAGUUAUAUAUGUUAAAUAUGUCCCAACACUAUAGAAACAUAUAUAACAGCAGCCUUAUAUACAAAAUGAAGGUCAACGGUGCGGAGAUACCACAGGAGAUCAAGUAUCUACAAAAACACAUUGUGACGCCCUCGUUCUCUGCUAAAGAGUACUGUGUCUCCAUCUGCUUUUGGGACAGGCUGGAGUCCAAGGAGUCUGAUUACAGUCCAUCCGUAUGUGCUUCCACCCCAUUCAUAAUGACUACAGAUGGGUGGAUUUCAGCAGUGUUGUGUGUGCUGGUGACGAUUGUUUUGAUCGCUGUGUUCGUCCGUUUGGGUCCUCGUUGCAUUCUUCCCCUUAAAAGGCCACUGCCUCUAGCCCUGACGUCUGUCCCUCAUAUAGAUGUUCCUGUCAUCACAGGCAGCAGCAUUUCUUUGCCGUCUGUCCUGACUGUUGUCAUGACGAAGCUGCCCUCUUCAGGGGAAAGAGGGCACAAACUGUCAUCAUCAGACGAGAGCGAUGGGGAAAGUGAAACAGAGAGUGCAGGAGGAGAUGAUCAACCCAGAGAGGGUGCUAAACUCCUGUCCUCCUCUUUGUCGCCUCCUCUUUACCAUGAGCCUGACCCUCAGUGUCGGCCUUCCUCAGCCCAAACAUCAAACUCAUCAGAGACGUCUUCAAGUUUUGCAGUGACCCACAGGCUGAGCAUGAACACAGCCAGCGGCACUGACGGAUCAGCUGAGCCUGAUGAGGAGGAGGAGAAUGUGGUGGCGGUGGCGGAUGGCCAGGAUGUGAAUCUUCUCACGCUAACCUUCGGCAGACAUCACGUGGAGGAGGAGGGAGAUGUGGAUGUGGCAGUGGUUGAGAGAGUGACUCCCACUGCCUCAGGGGAAGCGAGCAUCACUUCAGUCCAAACCUCACAUCCUGGGACAAGCUGCAGCGAUGCUGGCACACAAAUAAUGACUUACUCUGCUGAUGAAGAGGAAGAGGAGGAAGAAGAGGAGGACUCUGGAUAUAUGGGACGUCCAUGCACAUCUGUCCUACAGGGGUUUUCAUAGCCUAAUAAUAAGGAUGUGGAGUCCAGUGAAGCUGUGUUCGUAAAGGACAGACUGGACUUAGGUUGCUGUAAACCAGUGUUACAGGAGUCAGAGGUCCACACAUGUUCUAUGUUUGAAUGUGUUCAUUUAUUCUGGUUUGUAAAAAGGGCAGUAAUAUUCAACUCCAGCGCCAUCCAUCAGAUACUCAGUAUUAUCAUUACAGUCGAGUGAUUAGUAAAGGUUUGGUAGUAACAUAAUAAUAAAGCAGACUCGAUCUCAGCUGUGCGUCAUCCAGAUGUUUCUGGAGCAAGGAACAAGUUUUUUGUUUUUUUAAUUUUUCAUAUCAUUUUUGUUACUCCUAAGUCCAGUACAUUUAAGCCAUGAAACAUUUUACUGUUUUGACUGUGUGUUUUUUUGCUCUGAGCUUUAGUGAGGAUUAUGUGUAGAUUUAUGAUUACACACACACACAUUAAAGCUGCACUAUUUAUACAGCACCAACUCACAAACCAAAGUCAGAGUCUGUCCACAGAGAACAGUCAUCACCUGGUGCUAACUCUUAUCUGACUGAAUUUUUAUUGUAAAGGUGACCGAACCUUCUUUCGACUGCCUCAGUGCGAUGGUUAUACCAACACUCAUUUGCUCGCUGUUAGUUCGUCAGUUAAUCAUCAAGUUAAACUGGAUUUAUUUACUGUAUGUUACAUAAAUCAUCAGCUGCAUCUUUUAAUGUUUUAAUCAUGUGAAUUAAUGAUUCCAACUUUAAUGCCAUAACUGUAAGACUCUUGUUAUUUUUCCUCUACUGACUGUGACAUACUGUAACCCAAAUAACACAAUUCCUAAUAACACAAUGGUUUGCACACAGUAGAA